CGCCGUUGCCUUCUCCUACUUCUUCUUCUUCAAGUUGGUUGGGCUGCUUCCUUCGGGCGGUGGUCGUUUCGGCCAUAUCUCGCGCGAGUGGUCAGUGACACAUGUGCUGGAACGCGCAGAUGGCAAGCGCUGAGUCCAGCACACCUCGCGCCGACGGGUGCUCAUUGACUAAGUCGCCUCCCACCACGCAUCAUGUCGAUCUUCGGUUCUUGCGCGUGGUACACGCCGGCCGUGUCCGAGCCCCGCAUGCGCCCGCGCACGUGCUCGGCCGACCGCCAGUGCUGCCGCGACCUCGCGCACCUCGUGCUCGCCGGCGACCCGAACGUUGUCGAGGCGCACAUUGCGAUCCACGCCUGCACUGUCAACCACACGGUCGUGUGCAGCAGCAAACACAAAGUUUGCGUCUCGCCCUUCUGCAUGCGCCGGGCGCCGCGCACGUGCCCCCUCGCGCAGCUGCCACCGCCCGACCGAUCGACUGUGUGCGGCCUCACGCUUUUGCAGAUGGCCGUGCUCGCGGCCGACGAGGCGAUAUCCGCUGUGCUCUUGCGCGCCGGCGCCUUGCCCAACAAGUGCCACUCGCCCAACGAGAGCGCGCUCGUGUUGGCCAUCACCAAGCGCGCAACGGCAAUAAUCGACAUCCUCUUGGCCCACGGCGCGGCCGUCGACGACGCGGUGCUGGCGCAGGCCAGUAGCAUCGGCAACACUGCCCUCGUAACCCAGCUCCUCGCGUCCCAUCCACAGGUAUCCCGGCUCCCAGCGCUCAUGGCCGCCCGCGACGAUGUCGAGAUGCAGCGGUUACUGCUCGCAACGGCCAAUUCUAGCACGCGCAGCCAGUUUCUGCACCACUGCGUCUCGACCGGCGACGUUGCGAGCGUCCAGCGCUUUGUCGCCGAUUGUGGCCCUGGCCUCGUCGUCGACUACCGCGGCGACGCGUACGCUGUGGGCGACACGCUCGUGCACACGGCGUGCCGCAUGCAGCAGCUCGACGUCCUCAAGUACCUCCUCCUCCUCGGCGUCGACGUCAACGCCCGGAACGCGAUCGGCGUCGCGCCGCUCUACAUCUGCGCAGCAACGGGCGCGCUUCCGUUUGUCGAGGCGCUUGUCCGGGCGUCGGCCAGCGUCCGCGGCGCGACAGGACCGAACGGCGACUCUGCGCUGCACGUGGCCGUGCAGGAAAACCACUUUACGAUCGCGCGGCUGCUCGUGCAUGCGGGCGCCGACGUCAACGGACAGAGCGCGAUCGGCGACACGCCGCUGCACAUUGCCAGCAUGCACGGCCACGGGCCCAUGGUCGCGUAUCUUUUGCGAAAGGGCGCCGACGUCAGCCGCGAGAACGCCCGCGGCGAAACAAGCCUCAUGAAGGCGUGCCAGCUCGGCCACGAGACGGUCGUCACGCUCCUCGAACGCGCGCUCGACACGCCGAUCGACGACGGCCGGUCAUCCUCGUUUGUCUACUACGACGUCAUGCGCCACACGCAGCGCGUGCACUCGAUCUAACCUAUCUAUGCGCCAUUGGGAGCGCCUUGCUAUUUAACCUCAACAUGCACGUCUGCAUCUCUCA